UCUGUAUUGUUCUUUCUCCCGUGUUCAUCCGCCCACCUCUCCAUCCGCUCGGGCCGAGGACGCCAUCCGCGACAGCGCCGCCCGCCCGAGCCAGGACGCCCGCUCGCCGCAGGAGCGCCGGCCGCGGCCGGAGCGGCGGCCACAGGAGCGCCGCCCAUGAUCCCCUUCGAAGUUCCUCCCGGGGGGGAAUCGGGGGAAUCAGAUGCAGCUUUUAGGUUGUCAGUUAAGGUUUCUCAAUUCACUCGUGUACUGGAUGAUGGGAGUUCUGUUCUUGUGCCACGUCAGUCUGAUGAAUGGACAGUGAAUGCUCACUCUUAUUCUAUGAAAGACCUAGAGAAUGAUAUUGCAGCAAGGGUGAAAUGGGGGAGCAGCCAACAGAUAGCAAUAUAUGAAUUUGACCCAAACACUGGUGGAGAAAAGAUCUUGGUGGAUGAUAAAGCCUUGUCUCUUGCUUUCUUAGAAAGAGAGAAUCGGAAGAAGCUGUUUCUGUAUGUUGAUGUGCAGUCCAAACCUGCAGAUUGUGUUUCUAACUCAGUUGUCACUGAAGUGAUGAGCAAUGUGAGCAUAAAUAAUGUUAGUGCACCUGAACAAUCAAAUAAUGAGGUAGGAGAUGUAGAUGUAAUUGAUUGGGACAGCCUGGAUAUUAUUCCAAUUGGUCAAGAUCAGGUAGGUGCUGCUGUUUGUGUCAUGGAUGAAGAGGCAAUGUAUGAAUUUCUUGGUCUUAGAGCAGAGGAUGAAAGAGCAGAAAAAGAGAGGGCUGCAGCUGAAGAAGAGGCAGCCGAAGAAAUUGGGGCUAUGGAUUUAGAUGGUACUGAAUUACCAGUUGAUGAUCAUAUUCCUGGUGAAGAAGCAGCUUUCUAUGAUAGGGAGGAUCCUCCUAUGGAUGUUGGAACAUUGUACCUUAGUAUGGAAGAAUUUCGGGCACCAGUAAGGCAGCAUGCUAUUAAAGGGCAGUUCGAGCUUGGAACUGAAAUGUCAUAUCAAACAUUGUUCAGGGGCUAUUGCAAAGCUAAUGGUUGUAAAUGGGCCAUUGUCGCACGGAAAAUGAGUGGCACGGGUAUAGCUUUUGCUAACUUAACCUGUUUUUAUACUAACAUGUAG